GCGCUGCGCCUGAGCUCCGCUCCAGAGUAGGUCCGGAACUACAAAUUCCGGUAGCCUUUGCACACCACGCCUGCGCUUUCUGUAGGUCCUGGGAAAGAAAGAAGGCGCGGAAGCUGUGGCGGCGGUGUGUAGCAACAUGGACAACGCAGGGAAGGAGCGUGAGGCAGUCCAGUUGAUGGCGGAGGCGGAGAAGCGAGUUAAAGCCUCCCACUCUUUCCUCCGAGGGCUGUUUGGAGGAAACACAAGAAUAGAAGAGGCUUGUGAAAUGUAUACCAGAGCUGCAAAUAUGUUCAAGAUGGCUAAAAAUUGGAGUGCUGCAGGAAAUGCAUUUUGUCAGGCAGCCAAGCUCCAUAUGCAGCUUCAGAGCAAACAUGAUUCUGCUACCAGCUUUGUGGAUGCUGGGAAUGCUUACAAAAAGGCAGACCCUCAAGAGGCUAUCAACUGCUUAAAUGCAGCCAUCGACAUUUACACAGACAUGGGAAGGUUUACAAUCGCAGCUAAACACCACAUUACCAUUGCUGAGAUUUAUGAGACUGAACUUGUAGACAUUGAGAAGGCUAUCGCACAUUAUGAACAAUCAGCUGAUUAUUACAAAGGAGAAGAAUCCAAUAGUUCAGCUAACAAGUGUCUACUGAAGGUGGCAGCAUAUGCUGCUCAGCUUGAGCAAUACCAGAAAGCCAUUGAAAUCUAUGAGCAGGUUGGAGCAAACACCAUGGAUAAUCCGCUGUUGAAGUACAGUGCAAAGGAUUACUUCUUUAAAGCAGCCCUCUGUCACUUCAUAGUCGAUGAGUUGAAUGCCAAGCUUGCUCUUGAGAAAUAUGAGGAAAUGUUUCCAGCAUUUACUGAUUCAAGAGAAUGUAAAUUAUUGAAAAAACUUCUAGAAGCUCAUGAAGAACAGAACAGUGAAUCUUACACUGAAGCAGUGAAAGAAUUUGACUCAAUAUCUCGCUUGGAUCAGUGGCUUACUACCAUGUUGCUUCGUAUCAAAAAGUCCAUCCAAGGGGAUGGAGAAGGAGACGGAGACCUAAAGUGAAACAAUUAUAAGUCUUUGUGGCAUGCAGCUAACCUCUCUUUAGUUUCCUUUUAGGGCUGAGUGAUCUUUAUGAGAUGUCUGUUUAAUGGCUUAAUUUUGUUGCACAUGAGCUCAAUGAAGUGUGUGCAGUUUUCAAGUUUGCUGUGUUUGUGUCAAUGUUAAACGGAUGGGUAAAAAGCUUCUGUGCAUACUAUGGGUAUAAUGGGUUAUUUCAUGCUUGCCAAAGUCCUUAGAGUUUUCUGAGAACCACUGCAGAAUUUUCUUAAUAUUUGAUGUUUGCAAAACCCAUGUUUAAUUUUGCCACAUAUUUUUCUGUUCUUUUUCUUGAACUUGAGUACCCAACCCAAUUGUUCUAAUUGAUGCUUUGAAUAUUCUCUGUAAAUUUGCAUCUGAAUAUAUUCUCUUAGUGUAUGUGUUAGUUAGGGUGGUUGUUAGGAAUAAGUUUAUGACUUCAUUCGAAAUUUUUUGUUGUUGUUAUCUUGUGAUUCUUUUGAUGUUGCUAAUGACUAGUUUCUUUGCUUUUGAUAUUGUUCCCUAUGCCAACAUGCAUGUGAAAAUUCAGAACAGCCAGGGUCUGCCUGAAUCACACUGUGAGAAAAGGGGACUUCCUGGUAUCACUUGCUUAUGUGUGAAUGAAUGUCAAGGUGGGUUCAACUGCUUUGUAUUUAUAUACACAGGCACACACACACAAAUAUAUAACAUCUGUGAGAAGUAGAACUUUUCCUUUUCCUAGACAGUUUCCACUUUUAGUUGGGGUAAAAAUCCCUGUUUAUAUUCACAUAAAGGUGUUUUAACUGGCACAUGUCUGCUCUUUCAUGUUCAUAUUCUUUCCGAUUGAGAUGGUAUCCUUCCUAUAUCCACAGUCAUGUACAUCCUCAUUGAGAAAGUAUUUCAGUAAUUUUAGUCAUUUAUUGAACGUGAUGAGUUAGAUAGGGUAAACAUGGUACAGAGGCUUAUUAUAUGCCUCCAACUAGCUUCUGAGGGGACUUGACUUUCCUCUUGGCUGAUGGAAUUGUUUUAGAUUUUGUGUUUGAACUUUGAACUCUGUCAUUUUCUUUUGUUUUACAUUACUAACAUGUACUCUAUUGAUUUAUGAACUUGAUCCCAUUAUGUUACAUGUUGACAUUAUAUUUUAGACAUGGCCUUGUUUCUUGAACCUCCUCUAUACGUAUUUUUAGGCUUAAAUUAUUUAUGUUCCAUGUGCAUUUGUUGCCAGAGAUAGCCUGUUUCUUUCUAAAUUGUGCUGCUUUCGUUAAUGACAGGUGGUGAAAUUCCCCAUCUUAUGUUAGAUAGUAACAGGUAUUUAAAUGCUUUCAUUUUUUUAAUAUUCUAUUUAUUUAGUUUUAGAGAGGGGAAGAGAGGUGAGAAACAUUGAUGUAAGAAACAUCAAUAGGUUGCCUCUCAUAUGCGCCCCAUCGAGGGACUGAGCCUCCUACCCAGACAUGUGCCCUAACCGGGGUCCUUUCACUUUGAGGGAUGAUGCCCAACCAAUUGAACCGCACCAGUCAGGGCUGAUGUUUUCAUUUUUGGAUGAUCCUCUACUGGGAUUAAGGGCCAGAAGUAGAAUGGGUGUGCCCAGUCCAAAGGCACAGUGAGAAGGAAGGUUUGGGAAUGGUGAAUAGGUUAGUCUGAGAUAAAGGAGAAAGCAGUAAAGAAAGUUGAGCCCUGGCUGGUGUGGCUCAGUGGACUGAGUGCCAGCCUGUGAACCAAAAGUUUACUCUUCGAUUCCCAGUUAGGGCACGUCUGGGUUUCAGGCCAGGUCUCUGGUUGGGGGUGUGUGAGAGGCAACCAAUCAGUGUUAUCUACUUGCACAUUGAUGGUUCUCUCCCUCUUUUUCCCUUCCUUCCCUUUUCUCUGAAAAUAAAUAAAAUCUUUAAAAAAGAAAUAAUUAAAAAAAAUAAAAGGAAGGUUGGAAGGGCCAGCUGAGGCCAUGUUGUGGAGGCUGUUUCUCAGGUGGCUGGGAGGAUUCCCUGGCUGUAGUUGUAGAGUGAUGUGUGCAAGGUGGACUGAUGGAGAGAAAGGUUAGUGGUUUCAUAGUAUCAGCUGAGAGCAGAGGGACUGGACCAGAAGACAUGGACACUGGUGUUGGGCCCUGGAAUCUGAUGAGUAUUUCUUUUUCCCUUCAGAAGUCAGGGAUUCUUAAAGCUGGUUAUCACUGAUAGUACAAUUUGGAAUGGAGUUCAUUUGCUACUCUCUUAUUUCCUGUUGGAAUCUCUUAUGAAAAUAAUAAGAGAGAAAAGUGGAUUUUUAUUGCUUUACCUAAUCUGUUUCACAGCCAUGCAAAUGUACUUUGUAAAAAGUUUUUCCAAAUGCACUUCUGUGAAAGUGAGGCAUGGGCAGUGCUUUUGUAGCCCAUGUCCUCUGGCCAUAAGUCUCUGCCACCUGGAGAGCAUUAAAAUCCUAGCCAGCCAGCAUGCUUCUUUUAUCACUAGCCUAAAAAGUGUGUUUCCACUUGUUAAAAGAACCUCCUGGUCUGACCAUUUAAAAUACAAACCAGAUGCUUUCUUUUAUGGGACAUCCAUUUAGCUUUUAUUAUGAUCCCCUAAUAAACCUGUGUGAAAAAGAGGUACAGUUUUUAAAAAUAAUAUUGGCAACAUUUUAUGUCAGAGACUUGCCUGUUUUGAAAUGAACAGUGGAAUUCAGUGUCUGAGUUAAAGAUUUUUUUUUAAUAUUUCACAGGAAAGUAAAAAUAAGUGUAAUGACUAGAACAGACCUGCUAGAAAGUAAAAGGAAAAUGAGAGGGAAAAAGCUCCAUUAACAGUAGCCAAACAUCCUUCCUUGAAGUGUUCCAUUGUCGAAUGUAGGAUCAUGAACAAAAUAUGAUGACUGUUUGUUACAGUUCUUGUAUUUUAGCAAAUCUGGGGUUAGUUCAUGGUCAAAGUCAGUUAAAAUUUCUUACAGGAAAGCUUUGCUUUUUGUAGCAACAUUUUUAUAGCUUGUGUGAGUUCCUUUUUUAUAUAAUGAUUUGAAAACAGUAUUUUUGCACAGUUGUGACUGUUAUGAUGGUGUGACUAUAAUGAAAGAGUGUGCAUUUGUUUCCUUUGACACUUUGCAUUUAAAGUAUCCAAAUGAAAACCUUUGUGGCUUUCUUUGGAGGGUUGGGCAACUAUGACCUGCCUGCCACCUAUGGUAUGCUAACAGGUUCCUGCCUGUGAAGUUCUGAGUUGGUCACUGUGGUGUUUUCUUCUCUCAUACUCUUAGGUAGAGGAUUGUAUUAUGAAAACUAACCAUAAACCUACCUUAGCAGAAGAGUAUGUAUGUUUUAUGUGAACCUGUAAAUAAAAUGGAAAUUAUAAGUAAUAUUUUGACAGGUCUUUUCUACCUAAAUUUGUACAGAUCAUGAGUAGCUUCCUUUCUUGAAGUUAUUCCUAUUCAGUUUAAGGCAAUAAUUCUCUAGGCUUUUUGAAUAUCCUUUGAAACUUGAGUUUGACUAUGCUAAAAUCUUUCACUUUUUGGAAAUUCAGGGAACUGUAAUGAUUUUGCACACUAAGGGUUUAUGAAAGAAGCCCUGGUUAUAGUCUGUUGAUAGGCUGCUAAAUUUGCACAAUGACUUUGUAAGCCUCCCAUUCUCAUCCCUAUCUGUUGCCCUGAUAAGGAAUGCUGCUUGCAUCCUUUGGACUUGCAAAGUUGAGGGAGGACUGGUUCACAGAAAACUGCCAGGUGGGAGAGGAGAGAAGGAGGGGCAGGGAACCCUGAAGUUACUCAACUCUUUUGGCAUUUAUUGAACUUGCAGAUGUCUGUACAGGGUUAGCACAUGCCCCUGGGCAAGGUUGAGCCCACUGGCCUCUAUGGAGGAAGAGGGUGCCAUGUGGUAUAGUAGAAUGGGUCACCUCAUCCUAAGAGCAAUGUUCAGGUCAUUAAGCAUAUUCCUAUAACUUAAAGAUAAUACAGCAAAUUUUGAAAAAAAAAGAAUGGUAGAACAGACCAUCCCAACCUACGAAUUCUGAUAAGUUGUUGAUCAUUCAAGGUUUAGUUUAUCUCAGAAUCAUUAUUUCCUAACAGAAAGAAGCCACUAUGGUGGUUAAAAAAAACUAGUUUUGCCAGCCUUGGUAUGAGUCCUGUACAGAUUGACAAAGGUAAGUGGGUGGGUUCUGGGGCUUAACUGGGUAACAUGCUAGGUAGCCCCUGACCUGUGUUUGUAGCUUGCUCAGUCAUAUCUGCCCACAUUUAGGUAUAUGUGAGCAAAUGGUCCUUUGCACAAGUGCCCUCCCCUACUGAAAUAAAAUAUUGUUACUUCAAGUUUCACACUGUCAAGUUUAAUUAAAGGGAUGACCACUCAUUGGUCUCAAAAAAUGUCCCUGUGUGAUAAGGUAUAAAUUUAACAAGUUACAACGAAGUUGUAACUUACCAUCAAAUUUGUUGGUUUGGAUUAUCGGAUUUCAUAGCAAAACCACAUUUGUUAAAAUUACCUUCAAUAAAGGUCUUCUCCCACCACAUGGUCCAUUUUUUCCCAAAGUGUAAAACAAAAAUUUUGGUAAAACUAAAAUCAGCAGAGAUCUUUGGAGUUCAGGCUGAGACUAGUUCCCAUACUAUGGUUGAAAGGCACUAAAUCACUCCCUUAACUGCCUUUUCUGAGGCUCUAGGAGAAGCAGCCAGCACCAAGGGCACUUUCCCAGUCAUGGAUUUAGGACUGACAUAGUGAUACGAUAGGUUGCUUUCCCUCAGGGAGACUGUACUUGGACUAAGAGAGAUAGGAGGAGAUGCCCCACAAACCCCUCAAUGAUGAGUCUUCCAUAAGGUUAACAGACUUCUAUUCUCAGAGGCAGCUUUACCUUCCCAGGAAGCAAAGAAAUAGAUAAACUGGAGAAAUAAGUCUUCUAUAUGAUGCAAUCUUAAACACGACAUUGAAAAAACCAGUCCACUUACACAUUCCACAGCAACAGCUGCACAGGUUACUUCUAUACAAGUAAAGGUUAGUGUUACUUAUCACUAGGCCUUUUACUUCUAAAGAAUAAGUGUGCAGUUCACAUAGUUAAAACUAAAGAGAUUAUUCCUAGGACUACAGUCUUGAUUUUAAACUUCCUUAUCCAUGAAAUUAAGAAAAUUAUACUUGUUUCAAUCUACAGAGCCUAAAUUCUAAUAACAGGGAAAAAACUUGCAAAACUAUUUUACAAACAUUUAUUAACACAUUAAAUGACUUUUUAUAGAAUUUCUAAAGAAAAUUUUAUGACAAAAAUGCAUCUAGUAGGUAACAAAAUAAUCUAUUAUUUAAAUUCCUUCUCAUUAAGAUGACUUUACUCCAUGAAACAGUACAUCAGUUAGGCAGGUUCAUUCUUACCAAGAAUAAAAUGGCUAUGUAACUGUCACUGUUUGUUGUUGUUCUGUAACCUAGUUAGGAUAUAUUGUCAUAAUUGAAUUUGAACUAGUUCAGUACCACUGUUCUUUAAGAGCAGGUGUGAAACAUGUUAUCAGCACCUAAAACACACCUUAUAGUGGCUUUAGUAUGUAACAUGUUAUAAACUAGAACAAAAUAAGCACAUAGGAAGAAAGUUUUCCCUCAUUAAUGUUUCUGGAAUGGUAUAGCCAUGUCUUCAUCCUGGAACUUAUGGAUAAGUUCUUUCUCUUAGAAAUGAAAGUGUUUUCACAGUAAGUUAAUAAAUUAAAAUGUAGAAAAACUGUCAACAGAAUUCCCUUUUAAGGCUGUCUUUAAAUAAAUAUGUUUAGGGUUACUUAUGAGUCACAACUACAUACAAAAGCCACUGGAACCAUGAAUCAAGCUUAGUAAAUACAGCAGAAUUAUCCUUUCAUUGCAAAUUCAUUAACUCCAGCAUAACACAGCCAAAGGGGCAUUUACGACAAAUUAUUGGUUCUCUACAA